GAGACGAGGCGGCGGGGCGCGGGGUGCCAUGGCGCCGCCGCCGCGGGGGGCCGGGCGGUUUCUGGCCGAGCGGGGCUGGUACCUGUCGGCCCGCGAACAAGAGGAGGAGGACGACGAUGACGACGACGGGGAGUCCGCCCCGCUGCUGCCGCCGCCGGGCAGUAAUCCUCAAAAUCAUGGUUCUUCCUUUGGUUUCUCAGUAUUUAAUUUAAUGAAUGCAAUCAUGGGAAGUGGGAUACUUGGCUUAUCCUAUGCUAUGGCCAACACAGGGAUUAUGGGGUUUAGUAUCUUGCUGCUGAUCGUUGCCAGCCUUGCUUCUUACUCUGUAUUUCUUCUGCUCAGUAUGUGCACUCAGACUGCUGUCACUUCUUAUGAAGACCUUGGCCUAUUUGCAUUUGGAUCAACUGGAAAGGUCCUUGUUGCAACUACAAUAAUUAUCCAGAAUAUUGGAGCUAUGUCAUCCUAUCUUUUAAUUGUUAAGUCUGAACUUCCUGGUGCUGUUGCGGAAUUCCUAAGUGGAGACGAGAGUGGAUUUUCCAACAGGUCUUGGUCUGAUGGGAGGCUGCUGCUGCUGAUUACUUCAGUCUGCAUUGUUUUUCCUCUUGCACUUCUUCCUAAAAUUGGCUUUCUUGGCUACACAAGUAGUUUAUCAUUUUUCUUUAUGGUGUACUUUGCUCUUGUGGUUAUGAUAAAAAAAUGGUCGAUCCCUUGUCCUCUACCUCUAAAUAGUGCCAUAGAGACUUUACAGGUUUCAAAUUCUACUGGAGAUUGUAAAGCAAAACUCUUUCAUCUUUCAAAAGAGAGUGCUUAUGCAAUACCAACUAUGGCCUUCUCUUUUCUCUGCCAUACCUCAGUCUUACCCAUCUAUUGCGAGCUCCGCAGUCCAUCCAAAAGUAGAAUGCAGAAUGUAACUGUCACAGGAAUUGGUUUGAGUUUCUUAAUUUACUUUAUGUCUGCUCUGUUUGGGUACCUGACAUUUUAUGACAAAGUGGACUCUGAAUUGCUACAAGGUUACAGCAGGUACCUGCCUCAUGAUACUGUCAUCAUGAGUGUUAAAGUAGCCAUACUGUUUGCUGUGCUUUUGACAGUCCCUCUAAUCCAUUUCCCAGCAAGGAAAGCUGUAUUGAUGGUAUUUUUCUCUCAUCUUCCUGUGUCGUGGAUUUGCCAUAUCCUUGUCACUUUAGCACUGAAUACAAUUGUUGUUCUGUUUGCGAUGUAUGUGCCAGACAUUAAAAAUGUAUUUGGAGUAGUUGGUUCAACCACAUCAACAUGUUUGCUUUUUGUAUAUCCUGGACUAUUUUAUCUUAAGCUUAGCAGAGAGGACUUUUUAUCACCACAGAAACUUGGGGCAUGUGCAUUGGUUAUUUUUGGCAUUUGUGUUGGCCUUCUUAGUUUAGUUCUAAUAAUUUUCAAUUGGAUUAAUCAGUAACAGCCUGUUGUCACAGCCUGAACUGAGCUUCAGAAGGACAGCAAGAACCAGAGAUGGGUCAAAACUACCGAAAUGAAUGCUGGACAUCCUGAAGGAAACACUGACCAAAUCUGUCUUUGGAAGAAAUAAUGCUCCAUUUUAUCUGCAUUAGUGAUGUUCCUUCUUUAAUCUUGAGUCACUCUCUUCAGUUAUUGGACAAUUAGUCCUUGCCAUUCUAAAAUAUUACUUUUUAAUUACGUAAUUAUGACAUGUAAAAAGAUCUCCUGAGAAUUUUGCAAUGCAAAAAUGGUUUAGUGCACAUGGUGAACAAAAGCAGAACCGUGAAAUAACUUCUGUUUUAAAGAUAAUGAGAUCGAUAUUAUAUCUAUCAUGAUGUGUGCAUUUAGAAUAAUCCACGUUAUCCUAAACUGUGGAGGACUUCUAUUGCUUGAAUAAUUUACAAAAUUUCAGCCAAUUCAUAUUAAGAACUUUCUGAUUCUAAAUGCUUGCCCUAAUUUAUCCUAACGUGGAUCCAGAAAUCAACUGCCUUAGCCCAGUUUAAUGGGCAUAUCAUGAAAAUACUUGUUAAUUGUUUUUUUAAUACAGUUUUUAUACCUCAGUGUACUUGAAUCAUACUGAAGUAAUAUUUAAUUUAGAAGGCUUUGCCCAUCUAGCAUAAUAGCGUUUAGUAGCAUUAGGAAGUGUUUCCAUUUUGUAGUUAAUAAUAGACAUCUUUCAAUUAAUAUCUGUUUUUGAAUAUUAUUCAAUGUACCUCAGUAUUCCCCCCAGUGAAAGACUUUUUUUUUUUUCCUCUCUUCUUCCCAUUUUUACAAGUGUUACAUGUUUGAAAUAGAGUGUUUCUAUAUUUUAUGUACUGUUGUGUGUCAGAGAAGGUUUGGGCUUGAAAGGUGAAAUUCUGCCUCUGUUGAAGACAAAGGAAAUUUUACGUUUAUGGAACCCUAGUUUUACCUUCGAUUUCUAAACUUCCAUGUACCCUUUUGUAAUUCCCUUUUUUUAUUUGCCUAAAUGAAAUGUUAAGGCAAUUUUCAACACCAACUGGGCUCUGUUAAAUAUGGUAUCGCGUGCCCACCACAAAAGUUCCUCAUAUUAGUAGAAUGAAAGCCAUGGCUGAUAUCAUGGUAAGGUUUUUAAAAUUUGUUUCUGUCGGAUGGAAUGUGAUGUCUUUAGCCUAAUCUCUUCAGAGACUUUAUGCCCUAAGGAAGCUGAGCCUUCACAGAAGUGGCUUGUGUAAAGUUAAGAAAUUAGACCUCAGCCUCAAAUGGCAAGAUUUAGAGAUUGGGAAAGAUCUUCAUUGUUUCCAGAUGCAAUAUUUCUUUUAAAUUAACUUAGCACUUGUACAUCUGAGAAGUGGAAUAAGACACAAGUGAAAGAUAGCAAAGUAAUGAAAGCAGCUAGUAAGUGACAGUUAAAUACAUUUAAAUGUCCAUAAAGUGCACAGUUAGCAAGUUACUUGACUUAUUGCUAGAAAGCCCUUCUGAGACAGUUCUAUUAUUACGUUGACUUAUGUUUUAUCAGUUGAGAUAGGGGAGAUGCCCCAGAGCCUGGCAUUUCGAACUUCUUAGCAGUGGGUCUGUGCCAUUAACCUGUCAAAUUAUGUCACAUUGGAUUUGGAGAAUACUGAUUGAUAUGCUAACUUUAACAUAACCCUGAUUGAAUGUACUUGGUCCUCACCUAUCUAACAGAGGAAGAGAAAAUAGCAGAGUUGGAAUCACCACCUCUGUUCCUGCACUGACAAACUAGAAUUUCUCGUGCCAACAGAUCACGCGGCUCUCUCGGGAUCCAUAAGAUACUUCUCAUUUUUGAUAGAUGGCCUGAAGGCACCCAGGUGGUGCAGCUUGGUACUGCUUCAGGAAUCCUUUUUUGCCUGGAGAAUAUUAUUCUGCUUAUGAGGUUAGUAUAAAAAUAGAUGUGUAUGGUGGUGCCUGGAAACUAAGAAUUUUUGGUAGGAUCCCCAAUGUGCAGGAAUUGGUACUCUGUCUUCUGAAAAAGACUGCAGUUACUUUCAUCACAAAGUUUCUAGCAGAGGUUUGAUGACACAAGGUGAGCCGUGUAAUAGUUUGUCAGUACCAGAAACAGCAUGUCCGCUCUUGGCCAGGAGUUCAGAGCUACUUCUGUGGCACUGGCAGUGGCUCCGGGUCAGCAUGUUUAAUUAGCAGAAAACCACCGUGACCGGGAGAUGUGACAUGUUAUCUGCCAAAAAAAUGAAUGCAGUGAGCUCAUCUAGGGGACAAGAAAAGUGAAGGGGUGGUGGGAGUGGGACUGCCUUUCUGAGCAGCAGCAGUAGCCGCAGCCAUUAGAUAGCAUGUUUUUCUCAUAAAAACUCACUCUUUACCCAGCAGUUUUGCUUUAGCAGGUUAAAGCGUGUGUGUGUGCGCACAGGGGAUGUCUCAAACUUAAGGGGUCUCUGGCCCCCUUUGAUCAGGGGAUUGAUCAGACUUUCUCAGCGUUGUGUGAGUAUUAAUGGUGGAGGCUCCCCAUCUUGCCUUUGUUCUUGCAGUUCUCCCAGCUCGUUUAACUCUUGAUAACCAGCUGUAGCUGCCUUCCUGCCAGCGGCUGCCCUCUAAUAGCUGUGUUUCACAGGCUUCGUUAUACUGUAGGGAUUCAGCCACUCAAGGUGUAUCUCUGGCAGUAGUGUAAAACGCUAAAUAUUUACCUUAUAAAAGUAUACCUUGAGAAAGCAAUGACAGCUGUACAUCAGGAAAUUAUUUUCAUAUCUGACUGAACCAAAACUUUUUAGGAAAACAGGAGACUACAUUCAUGUGAAUAAACUAUAGGGUUUUUUCAGACACUAGAAUUUAGGAGGAAUAUUUAUUAGCAAUUUCAUGGAAAUUGUUUCUCAUUUAUCAUACACUCUCGUAGCAUACUAUUGAGUAAUACUCAUAAUCACUGCAGUCACUUUAUUUUAAACUCUAACCAGCAAGACUUAACACUGAAGACUUGGCUUAUCUUUGAAGGCGCAGGAAGCGGGCAAAGUUUUGCUAAGCUUUUGCUCUUUCUGCCUCCCUCUGAAAAAGCUGAGUCUUGCCAUGCGCUGUAAUGCUCUGUUCCUACACAGGUGGUUGGGCUUGUGUGCAUCAUCUUAAAAAACAUGACAGAGAAUACCUGAAAUACAGUGUUAAUUUUACAGUCGAUUCCUGUAAUGCUAUGGAAAUCACCACGUUAUUGGUUUUAAUCCCUGAUUAUUACCCUAACUAGCCUGGCUAUUAACUGACUAACCUAAUAGGUAAACUUUGGAAUAAUGAAUACCAAUGUAUGAAGUUAAUACUGGGUGAGGAUGAAUGGAAGCAAUUCACACCUCUGCUGGAGCUCUAUUAUUACAUUUUGGCUGCGGUGCAGAAAGGAUAGCAGCACGGGGGGUUACAGAAUGUGUGUUACCUUUCAUCUGAAAAAGACUUAGAAAUACUGCUACUUUUAAGUUCCUAUGAUACGUAACUUAAAAUAUGAAGAGAGGGAGAGGGGCAUAAAGAGAAAGAACUUUCUAUUUCCAAAUUUAGAAAAAAGGUAUGAGUGUUUUCCACAAUGAAAAAGCAGAGCCAGGGCGCUAUUUUUAUCCUUUGCAUCCCUCACAGCGUGUUGUGUCUGUGUGAAGGUUUCACAACAGUUGUGCACUAGCAUGAAUUUUUUGAACAAAACAGGCCUCCAAUCUGGAACUCUCUGCUCACUCACAUAUUGCUAAAUAUAUUUUUUUCCUUAUUCUUGUGUACAGAUCUUUUUCCCCCGGAAUUUCCAGAUUUAUAUAUUUCAGUGUAUUACCUGUAGUUAGCGUUUUCCAACCUUCCUUUCUGAGGACUUGACAGGAAUGGAUGAAGGGGCCCGCAGCAUUGUUGAACUCACUUGGAAAGGUUCUCUUUCCCCAACUGAACAAGAAGAACAAUGUAAGAGAUGAAAAUUGAUUGGUAGCCUUUGAUUUGUUCUCCUAUUUCCAUUCCUUGUCCAUUUGAAAGCUGCUCAAAUUUCAGAUGGACUGUGGUAAGCUGGGUGUGGAGAGUCUCUUUUCUAAACAGCAUUGUAGGAACGCGUACUACAAAACAAAAGCGCUCUUAGCCUGCCUUUGUAUUGUGGCAAAUGCUCACAUUUUAUUCCCAUGUUUCUAAGCCAUUUAUAUUUUAAUAUAUUGAUUUUAACGGACAUAAGUUUGUUUAAAAUUCUCCCUGGUGUCCCUGUAUAGUGAAAAUUGAGACGCUGUGAAACUAUGCUGUCUUCUCUCUGGCCCUCCUUUCACCUUCCCCUUCGCUUCAGUUCUGCAUUCGUAGCAGUCACAGGGCACUGAGCAGGAACGUGCCCUUAGUUGAACAGCCCAAAUGGGCAUUAGUGGGACUGCAGCCUGCCUGAAAGGUAUGGAUCAGGGAAAGCACUGCUUUGUCCAUGCCCGGCAGGCUUAAUUUUCACUAAAUGUCCACCACUGGUCAUUGUUGAAGGUAGACCUUUUUGGUGUGCCCAUCAUGUCUGUUCUUGUAAGUUUUUUUUCUUUUUGAAAUAUGGCAACAUCUUAACUUUGUGACAUGGGAAGACUGUGCUGUUUUGUAGUUCUUAAAUCAUUUAUGUCACCUGUAACAUACUCAAGGUGCCACAUUCUCUACCCUUGGAGUCCUCCUAAUGAGAAUGAAAACAUGAUGGUGCGAUGGGAUCUGUCUGAUUGAGCUGCCGGGGCAAAUGUUAAAUCCUCGAGCGGCUCGUGAGCACAUUGAGAGAGAAUAGGGGCUUGUACUUUAUUACUGUAUUUCUCACGCUGCACAAAGUGUCAUUUUGGUAUGGAUCGGGAAGUCAGUGCUCCAGCAACUGUAGCCCAUGGAGGCUGUGAGGACGCAGGGGAGCCGUCAGUCCACGCCUGCCUGUUUUGAGGCUCCAUCCAUAGGCGUCUCCUUUGGACAGAGGUAGAGCAGGGUUAUGGACCUAUGCGGGUAUUUUGCCUGAGCCAAUAUGGCGGGUCUCAUUUCAAAUAAAAUCCUAAAAUGAAUUUUUAGAGUUAUUAAUGAAGAAUAUGACAUGCUUUCAUUAGCAUUCCUUCGUUCUGCCUGUUCUGGAUGGAAAUAUCAGUGAUGUCCCCGUUACCUCUCCUGGCAGGCAAACUCCCGAGCCCUUACUGAGCCAGAGGGAGGCUCGGAAUUCGGGAGACCUGCCAACUGAGCAGCCUGGGGUCUUCAUGUGGCUUUCUGUUUCUAUAAAAAAAAGAAAGAGAUGGACAUAUUUACCAGUGUGUCACUACAAAUACUUGAAGAUUAAUCAAGUUGCUGGCAAAUUUCCCUACUUAAGGAGAUGAAAAUUAAUCUUCUUAUUUCUAUAGCGGGCAUCCUAAUGUGCUCUCUAAUUAAAGGUUGAAAUUCAGAUCAGUCCAGAAGCUAAAGUAGCAUUGAUUGGAGUAGAACUCCUUUCCCAAUUAGAUAUAAUUUAACGCUUUACCUGAAACUUGUUUUACAGUUGACUUUCAUGUUAAAAGCAUUAGUUGUAGUUGCUCUGCAUACUGAAAAACCUUCAGACACGUUUACUGCCACUUCCUAAUGACUGCCACUGGCAGAGAAUUUUCAGUAUUACAAAAGUGCUGCCUAAUUUCUGUAGUUUGUGGUGGUGUUUUUUUGUAUUUGUAUUUCAGUAGUGAUCAUUCAACCAUGCUUCUUGUGGAAUUGGAAUUCUUAAAAAAUUAUCUGUAUGUAAAAAAUUGCCUAGCUGAUGUCAGACCCCUAUGUUGUACGACAAAUUGCCUGUGUUGAGUUCACCCUCCCUCCGAUUCCCUGCGGAACAGCCAGGGCAUGUUCCAAAAAAACCCCAGAAAAUAAAGAACAGUUUUUGCGUAGCUCAGGUGAUUGUCGUCUUUGCUUCAU